GUCAUAGCACUCUGCAACAACAGCCACGAACUACUACAAGAGUAGGUCGCUAAUCUAGGACAUCGAAUGCGAAGCGGUUAGAGAAUCGUCAUAUAUGGUCUUGCCAGACAUUUUUUCCAGCAGGACAGCUUUUCAUUAGUGAAGGUUGAUGCCAUCUUGUUCACUAUUGACAGUUGUCAUACUCUCACGUUAUGCUGAAGCAGCUAUUCCUUCUAGCCGCUUUCGGCUUACUUUAUUCACACUGCCUAGGGGCGGUUCUUACUUCUGAUUCAAGUCUUUCACUGUGUAAACAACUCGAUGGUACAUUCGGAAGCGCUAUCGUAUUUCCUAAUGAUACGGAAUAUUCUACUUUAAGAACAGAGAAUUGGUCUCAAACUGCGUGGAAAACGCCGACCUGUAUUUUCCAGCCAGAGUCUGUAGACGACUUGCAAAAUGUCAUCCCCAAGUUGGUAGCUGCCAAUGUCAGCUUUGCUGUGCGCUCAGGAGGCCACUCCCCGUCACCUGGGGCAGCAAAUAUCGACCAAGGAGUUUUGAUUGACCUUUCGAAAUUCAAUGGCGUAGAUUACGAUGCUGAGAAUAAUGUGGCGAACAUUGGUGCUGGUCAAAAAUGGGAGAAUGUUUACAAGCAACUUGAUCAAUUCAAUGUCACUGUUGUUGGUGGAAGAGUGCUCGACGUAGGUGUAGGAGGGCUAAUUCUUGGAGGCGGCCUCUCCUAUUUGUCUGAUCUUCACGGUCUAGCUUGUGAUAACGUGGUAGAAUUCGAGGUAGUUCUGGCUAAUGGGUCAUUUGUCCAUGCCAAUGCAAACACUAAUAAAGAUCUGUUUUGGGCUUUGAAAGGAGGAGCUACCAAUUUUGGUAUCGUAACUACGUUCAAGCUCUCCACGUAUCCUGUCCAGCGAGUCUGGGGUGGAAUAAGAGGAUACACGCUAGCAGACGUUCCGGAGUUACUUACGGCCGCCUUCAAGUAUCAAACAGCGCCAAAUAAGGACCCUUACGCAAAUUUGAUGCUUCAAGGGUUUCCUAUUAACGAGUCAUUUGGGGUUAUACUGAGUUUGAUCUACCUGAAGCCAGAGCCGAAUCCUAUAGCGUUUGAGCCGUUCUACCACAUCAACACUACAUUCGACACUACAGCGAUCAGUUCCUUCACGGAAUUCCUUAGUGGACAAGCACAAGCACAGCUCCCACCGAGGAUUGAUUGGUUUACUACUACUAUAACGCCGAGCAAGGAGUUGUAUGAUAAGAUUGGCUCUAUUGUAACUACGUCAAAGGCGCUAGACAAGAUCCGCUCGGCUACUGCGGGAUCUACCUCCUUCUCUAUACAGCCAAUAUCCAGCAGUGUCGUCGAGGCUGGCAAUGCAAAGGGUGGUAACGCGUUAGGCUUAACGGCCGUCAACCAAACUUGGUUCAAAGUUGAUUCUGGUUGGCUGUGGCCGGAUGAUGAUGAGGUAGUACAUAGCGGCUCAACGCAGCUAAUCGGCGAAGUUCAAGCUGCCGCAAAGGAAAGCGGUAACUCUUUACGGUACAUUUUCAUGAACGAUGCAAGCUGGGACCAAGAAGUCAUCGACCAUUACGGCACAAAUAACGUUCGGAAGUUCCGGCGGAUACAACGUGAGUACGAUCCAGACUUGGUGUUCCAGAGGUUGGUCCCAGGGGGUUAUAAAAUCCCAUGAUGUAAUGGGAAAAGGAGCGAUAGGAACGGUUUCCGUGUACAAGACAUACAUAAAUGGGUAUAGUAUUAGUUAUUUGUAAACCAAUGUUCAUACUGUUCGUUAUACUUUGUUGAGAUCCUAAAAUGCAGCAUGCUUCUGAGAGCACCUUGCUCGGUAUGCUGCUUAAGUGCUUACCUCUCAGACCCACAGGAGCGAACUAAAAAGGCC